UCUCUCUCUCUCUCUCUCUCUCUCUCUCUCUAUAUAUAUAUAUAUAUAUAUCGUACACAAUCAGUGCCCUGGAUCCAUACCUUCCCUCAAUCCAACACACAAAUCUUAGAUCACUCCAUUCUAGGGCUUUCAUUUCGCGCCACCUGGGAACCAGAGUCUCAAGUACACAUGCACACUUAUUUACAAGUUUACAAGGUACUAUGUAUUGAACUCCUCUAAUUUGUGUGAAAUUUGAAUUGAUUUAUAGGGUUUUUAUAUACUUGUAUAUGAGGAAGUUUUUUUGGUUUCUGAAUGAGUAGAUAUAAUUGAUUUUAUGUGAUUAGUAGUGAUGUAUGAGGUGGGUUUUGUUCAAUCUUGGGUUAAAAUCUGAUACUUGGGUUGAGACCGUUGAGCUUGGUUGUGAUUGACAUGGAAGAAGAGGAAUUUGUGGAAAUAAAGGGUCUCAUUGGUGAAAGGUUGUUUUCUUGAAGGUGGGUUUGUGUUGUUUGUGUAUAAUGGGUUGUGUUUGUUGUAAGCCCUCUGCUAUUGAUGAUAGUAGGGAGAGUCCAAGGGAGAGGUUGUCGAGUAAGACCUCGUCAGACUUGCGAGUACCAAGGUUGAGUUCUCUGAGGAGAGAAGAAGAGUAUAGAGUUAAGGAUCGAUCUGAUAAUAAUGAUGGUAGGGCAGUUUUGAUUGACAAACAAGCAAAUGGUUCGGUUCGGUUGCAUAGUGAGAAUUUUGAGAGGAAGAGGGAGAAGACUGAGUAUAUUGUUGCCACACACCACCCUGCCGUGGGCAGCAUUCCGAAAGCUACAGAAGGAGAGCAGGUUGCAGCAGGGUGGCCGGCAUGGUUGGCAGCAGUGGCUGGUGAAGCAAUCAGGGGAUGGGUACCACGGCGGGCAGAUUCAUUUGAGAAGUUGGAUAAAAUUGGCCAGGGAACUUAUAGUAAUGUUUAUCGGGCUCGCGAUCUUGAUCAGGGGAAGAUUGUUGCUCUGAAGAAAGUAAGGUUCGAUAACCUGGAGCCUGAGAGUGUUCGCUUCAUGGCGAGAGAAAUUCACAUUCUACGCAGGCUUGAUCACCCAAAUAUAAUAAAAUUGGAAGGUCUAGUUACAUCUAGGAUGUCUUGCAGCUUGUACCUUGUUUUAGAGUACAUGGAGCAUGACCUGGCGGGGCUUGCUUCACACCCUGGUCUUAAGUUCACGGAACCACAGGUUAAAUGUUAUAUGCAGCAACUUUUACAAGGACUCGAUCAUUGCCACAGUCGUGGUGUGCUACACCGUGACAUAAAAGGUUCCAACCUUCUAAUUGAUAAUAGUGGGAUUCUGAAGAUUGCGGACUUUGGUUUGGCAAGUUUUUUUGAUCCUCGUCAGAGUCAGCCACUGACAAGCCGUGUUGUGACUCUGUGGUACCGGCCACCAGAGCUUCUACUUGGUGCUACUUAUUAUGGGACUGCUGUGGAUUUAUGGAGCACUGGUUGCAUACUUGCUGAAUUAUAUGCCGGCAAGCCUAUUAUGCCUGGAAGAACAGAGGUGGAGCAGUUGCAUAAAAUUUUCAAACUUUGUGGCUCACCCUCUGAGGAAUACUGGAGAAAAUCAAAGUUGCCUCAUGCAACGAUUUUCAAACCCCAGCAGCCUUAUAGACGCUGUGUUGCUGAAACAUUUGAAGACUUCCCUGCACCAGCAUUAGUGCUUAUGGAGACCUUACUUUCUAUAGAUCCUGCUGAUCGCGGAUCUGCAGCUUCUGCUCUGAAGAAUGAGUUCUUUACAACAAAGCCACUUCCUUGUGAUCCUUCAAGCUUGCCAAAGUAUCCUCCCAGCAAAGAGUUCGAUGCAAAAGUACGGGAUGAAGAAGCUAGAAGACUAGCAGCAGCAGGGAACAAGGGCCACAAAUAUGACCUAGAAAGGAGAGGAACAAGAGAAUCACGAGCUGUUCCAGCGCCUGAUGCCAAUGCAGAAUUGGUCUUGUCAAUGCAGAAAAGACAAGGUCAGUCCAAUUCCAAGAGUCGGAGUGAGAAGUUCACCCCUCAUCAAGAAGAAGUUGCUUCUGGCUUCCCAAUUGACCCACGUAUGCCAUCUCAUGCUGUGGAAGAAUCAAGCAUUGAUCCCCAGGGACAUAUUCAUAAGAGGGCUUCCCAUUCUGGGCCACUGGUUCACCGUGGUACCUGGGCAAAGGCUGGGAAAAACUUGGAUGAUGCUCCAAAGAUUUCGAUGGGGGCCGACUUAUCAGCAAUGUCUGGUUUGGUAGCAGCAAGGAGGAAUUUGUUAUCUGAGGAAUGCAGAGGGAAAACUGGUCAUUCACAACAGGAAGUUCCAAAACUAAUAGGCCGGUUUCCUGGAUCCUUCAAGGAGGCUUCUGAAACCAUGAUAAAGCGGAAUCAAAAGGUUCAAGGGCAGAAUGUGGCAGGUGGCCAUCAGAACGAUGAUGGAAGAAACAGCAAGAAUGAUCCAAUUAUGCUUGGUUAUGGAUCAAAGGGUAAGAAAAUUCACUACUCUGGGCCGCUACUAGUUCCAUCCGGCAAAGUGGAUGAGAUGCUGAAGGACCAUGAUCUCCAAAUCCAAGAGGCAGUAAGGCGAGCGCGCCUUGACAAGGCAAAAGUGAGAAAAGUUCAGGCUGAUGGAAACCAACUAUCAAUUAAUUCAUUAUUUGUUUCUGGUCACUAAGCUGGGUAAAUAAAUCCCAAUUAAGAUGAAUCAAGAGAGAAAUCACUCUGAGUAAUAUAAUGGUGAUUCUCUUGUAAAAUGAGUUAUAUGGUUGGUGGUGGGGUUGUUGUACAGCAGUUGUUCCACGAGAGAUGGGAGGUGGAAUAUUUUAGGCCAUCUUAUAGUUUACUAGGAAACCCCCCUCUCAUUCUCUUUGUAUUUGAGCAAUCUGUUACAAUUUAUUCUCUCUGCACUCUGUAACUGCAAUUCCUAGAAUUUGAGCUAUUCUUGUAGAGCUUAUUACUGCCUAAAAUAGGUAUUGUUCUUUCUAUGGCACAUGGAAAUUGUAUCA